AUGUAUCUUUUGUUUGGAGUUUCUGAUAUUUUAGAUUACAUAUUGAUGUAUUUAAAUUUUACACUGGAGCAAGGUGAUCUAAAGCUUAGAGUCCGAGUUUUGGAAUCUGAGAGAGCAUUCCAACGCCUUGCGACCGUGCAGAAAACAAUUUUGAAUGGGCAUGGACAGGGGCAGAGCUCCUUGCAGGUUGUUGUUGUUCUGAGUUUUUUGACCAAUAUUAUGACUUUGUUAUUGUUAAAAACGGUGAGGAAGCAGAUAUUUUGGAUUGGGUUUUGUUCAAACGAAACAGGUGACAUGGGCUACAAUGUUGAAGAAUAA